AUGACCAUAGACACAGAGAUCAAGUACAUCCUCAGUCUCCAGGCUGUCCGUGAACGCGCUCAACGUGUGUUCCAGCUUGCCGAGGCCAACCAGAUCAACCAUUUCGAGUAUCAUGAGGACCGCUUCGACGCCGCGGUUCAAUACGUAGCUAACAUCAUCAAGCGGGACUUUGGCCCGGACAAGUAUCACCUGAUUCCCCCUCACGGCCGGUGGCAGCACUUCGAAGUCGGUGGGACUCCUCGUAUUAAGGAUCUCCUUUCACAAUGGGAAGCGGCGGGGUACGAUAAGGACGAACAAGCUCGGAGCCUCGUCGAUUUGUUCUUCGUCUCGGUACUGCUCGAUGCUGGCGCGGGGGAUAAAUGGCGUUUCACCGAACUGGGUAGCAACGCUGUGAUCGGCCGGAGCGAGGGCAUCGCGGUUGCGACAUUACAUAUGUUCAACAAUGGCGAGUUUGCUCUUCCGGGUAGUGAUCGAAGGGAUGUUGUUCUAGGCGCCUCCCUCAAGGACUUCUCCGAGGCAACCCUAUCACGGGGCUUCCAAAUCACCGACAGUAACCCGUUCGUCGGUGUUCCUGCAAGAGUCGAACUGAUCAAAUCCCUCGGUCGCUCAUUGCUCAGUCUGCCCAAUAUCUUCGGUGACACCGGUCGGCCUGGGAACCUUGUCGAUUACCUCAAAUCGCGCGCCGACGAUUCCAACCGUCUCGACUUCGAAGUAUUAUGGGAAACCUUGCAGAGUGUCCUCCUUCCCAUCUGGCCAUCCUCUCGAACACAGAGAGACGGCCAUCCCGUCGGCGACGCCUGGCCCCUAAAGGUGCUUGCAGACGACGCCCAGAAAGCCGAUCGCCAGUCAAAGUGUUCACAUAUCCAACCCUUCCACAAGCUUACACAAUGGCUAGCAUAUUCGUUAAUGGUCCCAUUUGAGCGCCUUUUAGGCGUGGAGUGGAAAAACGCAGAGAUCGCGACAGGACUUCCCGAGUACCGAAACGGAGGGCUGUUCGUUGAUUUAGGUGUUCUGACAUUGAAGAAAGAGAGUCUGCAGCGUGGGUUGGCGAAUUCCGGUAGCGCUUUGCCUGCGUUUGAGGCGACAAGCGAUGAAAUUGUCGAGUGGCGCGCUCUUACCGUGGCGCUGCUGGAUAAGUUGCAUCUUGCGCUGAGGGGCACUGAGUUGGGGAAGGAGAAGUUGAGUCUUGCUCAGGUGUUGGAGUCCGGGUCGUGGAAGGCUGGGAGGGAGUUGGCAGCGGAGAAUCGACCGGAGACUAAGUCUAGUCCGAUCUUGAUUUUGGGCGAUGGGACGCUGUUCUGA